UUACCGGCGGCGGCUUUAAGCGCGGCGGGAGGGCGGGUCGUUGGGUGCCCCGGUGACACCGGCCCCGGCUCCGCCCCGGCUGGCGGUGCCGCUGCGGCUGUUUACAGGGCCCAAACUUGCUCUGGACGGCAAGGGAAGAGUCCAAGGUGCUCAAGCAAGCUGAGGGCAUCAGAAAAGAUGUGGCUGUUUUGGGGACCGGACCCGAACCGCAUCCGCUGUGACGUGCCCUUCACAGAAGCCAUCAGCCAAAGGAUGCAGGUUCCCAGCAGACUGAGGGUAGCAGACAGCUUCAGCCCUGUGGAUGAGGAGCCAGUGACGGAGGAGGUGUCCCCUUCCCUUCGGAUGCACAUCCCUGAUAGGAUUUCUCUUGCAGAUACACCAGAUGCCAGUUUGAGGCCCAUGCUGCUGACCCCGCAAAAGGAGGUUCCCUCCGUCAUGGUGCACAUGGAAUCGGCACAGCCCUGCCAUGGGGAUGCCCCUUACCUGCACAUCACCAGCAGAACGAGCUCGCAGAAGCGCAAGCGAUCGGGCCACCACAACAGCAAGUCACGGCGGGAGAAGACCUCAAGUGACGGUGCCCUGCUGGCCGUGCAGAGCCCGGGCCAGCACCGUGAGCGGCUGGACCCAUGCCCCCUGCCCAUGCGCAGUGCCCCGUUCCCCCUCCUCACGGGGUCGGGCAGGAUCUACUCCAUGCAGAACAUCUUCCAGACCAUGUACCUCCUGGGCCAGAUGCUCUUCUUCCGGCUCCGGAGCUCCCUGCAAGACCCAAUGCCACCCAGCUCCCAGGAGGCUGGUCUAGCCCCAGAGAGUGCCUUGGAGGAGGCUGAAAUGACUGAGAUGGCAGCAAUGAGAAAGCAGCUGACGAGGAUCUCGAGCAGGGUGCGGGUGCUGGAGGAGCAGUGCAAGGCCUCGCAGCAGAAGGAGAUCCUGGUCUACUCCGUGCUCAUCUCCGCCUGCCUCAUCAACACAUGGCUCUGGAUGAGGAGAUGAUUCCCUGUGCCCUGACCUCUCCUGCCCGGCGCUGGCAGGGUGGCUGAGGGCAGAGCAAGGAUCCCUGCUCAUGUACUUGCAGUCAGUAAACCUGUGAAGCCAUGUGUUUCCUCUGACCUUGACCUGCUUUUUUCACUGUAGGCCCUUGAGGAUCUGUGUCCUUUAGACCCUGAGGACAAUGAAGGUGCCAUCCCUCUCCCAUGCUCUAGCAUCAGAGGUGGGUGAGGGAAGCGAUGAGGCUGGACCUUGUGCCACAGCAGCUGGAGAUGGGUGUUGGGGAGAGGUGGGGUACUAUAGCACAACAGGCAUAGUCCCAGGGCUGGGCUGUGGCUGCAGCUGCAGAUGCUCUGUACCCUAGCAACCACCUUGUAUGAUUGAUGGGGUCAGUGCUCCUGUGGGAUGCUGUGAAGAGCCCAGGUCUUGUGGCUGACACAGGAGGUGUGUGUCCUGCACGGAGCAGUGGAAGACCCUCUGGUCCUUGGGCUGUCUGCCAGAGGAGAUGCAAACCCAAGGCACUGUUUGUGGACACAGGGUCCUGUAACAGUCCUAAAUGCUGGUGGGCCCAGUCCCCUGAUUCAGUCACAGCUUGGAUAACCCAGUUCUGACCCCGUGGAAGUCCUCAGCCAACUGCUGGGGUCUGUUCCUUGUCUUGCACUCCAAAACCUGCGGAGUGGUUGAGUGUAUCUAAACUGCUGGUGGGUUUUCUCUUCCUUGUGCCACUGCUCUUUGGUGGAGGUUUACUGCCAGGUCUCCCAUCCCAUAGCCCCUGCUCCAGGAGGUACAGAGCUGAAGGAGCCAGCAGUUCCCAUCCCCGCUGCUGUGCAACCCUCUUCUCGGCUCCUGUCCUGCUGGAAGCACUUCAGCGGCGUGUUUGCAAACAUUCAAAUCCGAAGUGACUGUAAGAGCAUUGCUGAGGUCUGGGCUUAUCCUGCAGCUUGGCUCUUUCCCAGGGAGAUUUAAAUGGGAAACCUCCCCGUGGUGACUCUCUGGAUUAUGAGACCUCGUACCAACAGUGAUAGCACCAGACAGGCCAUGGAAAAUUGCCCAUUUGGGCAGCAGUAGAUAUUUGUUAGGCUGCCAAUGCCAGAGGGCAGGAUUGCUCCAGGUCUGCUGCCAAGCUGUAACUUCAGUGAUGGUGCACGAACAUAGGUGAGGGGAAUCCUUGGCCUGGAUGCUCUUUAGCCAAAACCAAGGCCAGCUCAAAAGCUUUGCCGUUUCUUUCCUUCUGCGGAGUUCAGUAACGCUUGGAACUGAGGUGACUUUGAGAUGCUUUCGGGGGUUCACCCAGCACACCUGCUGGAGCUGUGCCUGCAGGCUCUGGGGCAGGCUUUGGCACCUCUCUGUUCCACCUAUUGGUAAUUGUAGCUGCACCUGCAGGUCACCCAGAUGUCCCAAUAACUUAUUCACAGACAUGAAUGCUUGGGUGUUUUCUGCCUGCAUCCAUGGCUGUAAAUCCGGACACUGACUAAUAAGUAGCUGUCCUAAUGUAAUUGCAGGUCUGAGCCUGUGGCUGAGAGCUGAGCACUAAGAUAUAUUGCAAAUGAGCGCCAGGAUAGUGUGGUGUGGUUCCUAUGGCUUGUGGCUCAGGGAUGUGGUGAGGGUUACCAGGGGACCUUACACAGUGGGUCUGUAUAAGGGGCUGCUGCUGAGGAAAGGAGGUGAACAGUUUGCCUGGUUUCUCUUCUCGGGUUUGGAAGAAGCUUGUGUUGGGUUUCCUUUAAGCUGUAUUUUAGGAUGAGAAGGGCUGACCCUUUUGGGGACACGACACCUUCAAAGUGAGGAUUGAAGGUAUUUGGAAGAGACAUGAUCAAACUGUAUGUGUUCUCAAAGGCAGGUUAGAGGGGAUACAAUACGACUUUUAUGUGAGGUUUAAAUCCGGAAACGCUGACCCAUAAAAUGCACAUUUUAAUAAAGACUCUGUGUUCUGGA